AACGUUAUAUAUACCCGUACUGUAGGUUUUACGGUAAUUUGUGCAGCUUAUUGAUAUAUUACGGUUUUAUAAAUACGGAGCGCUUGUGGGUUUAAGUGGACAGCUCUAUGUUUCAAGCACAGAAAGAGAAUGGCCAAGAUAUUGUGCAUUUUGUCUGCAAUAGUUUUUGUCGUGAAAACUGACGAUGUCAGCGAAUUUAAUGCAACUAUCACAGCCGUUAACAUGACAUUGAACUCUACUGUUAACAGAACGAUAGCUUUUAAGACGCCUAUGUUCUCAUUAUUCUCCACCACCACCACAGCCAAUAAACCAGUUUUGGGAAAGAAAAAUAUGCGAAAGAAAAAUGCAGAUGACAAGCGCAUCGAUCAAGACGAGGAUGGAAAACAUGAAACCAAGAAUGGCACAGCAGACGCAAAGAAAGAACCUGACUGUCCCCCGCUGGGUCUGAAGUCACUGAGGGUUGAUGACAGCCAGUUCCAGGCUUCAUCCUACCUGCGGAUGGGACUUGGCCCUCACAGGGCAAGACUCAAUAUACAGUCAGGUAUCGAGGACGGAGACAUGUAUGAUGGCGCGUGGUGUGCUAAGUAUGAGGACCAGCACCAGUGGCUGCAGGUGGAUGCUCUGCGCCCCACGCUGUUCACAGGAGUCAUCCUGCAGGGACGCAACUCCAUCUGGAGCUGGGACUGGGUUGAAACCUACAAAGUGCAGCUGAGUAACGACUCUGAGACCUGGGAGACCUGCAUGAACGGAACAGAGGAGGCGGUGUUUGUUGGAUCCCGAAAUGAACCUGAGACACCCUAUCUGGCCCUCUUCCCUCAGCCCGCGGUGGCUCGUUGGAUCCGCAUCAACCCCCAGACCUGGUACUGGAAUGGGACAAUCUGUCUCAGAGCAGAGGUACUGGGAUGCCCCCUCCCAGAUCCGGACAACGUUUGGCAACACUUCUCUGAAAAACUGUCUGGCUCUAAGGAUAACCUGGACUUCAGACACCACAACUACAAGGAGAUGAGGAAGCUGAUGAAGGCUGUGAAUGAAGAAUGCCCUCGCAUCACUCGUAUCUACACCAUUGGAAAGAGCUACACCGGACUGAAGCUGUACGUCAUGGAGAUCUCUGAUAACCCCGGAAAACAUGAACUAGGUGAGCCAGAGUUCCGCUAUGUGGCAGGUAUGCAUGGCAACGAGGUGGUUGGCAGAGAGCUGGUGCUGAACCUCAUGCAGUACAUCUGUCGGGAGUUUAGACGAGGCAACCCACGCAUCGUCCGUCUGGUGACCACCACACGUAUCCACCUACUGCCGUCUAUGAACCCUGAUGGAUAUGAAACAGCCUUUGAAAAGAACUCUAGGGGGGCUCAGCCUCCUUUUAAUGACGAGUGGGUCGAUAUGAACCACAACUUCCCAGACCUGAACAAACUCAGAGAGGGGGCCAAGGAGAAGACACAUACAUGGAAAACAGCCAACCACUACAUCCCCAUACCUGAAUCUAGAACUCAACAACCGGCAUCAGUGACCCCAGAGACACGUGCGGUCAUCAGCUGGAUGCAGGACAUCCCCUUUGUCCUGAGUGCCAACCUCCACGGGGGAGAACUGGUGGUUACCUACCCCUUCGACUGCACCCGGGACUGGGCCCCUCAGGAAAACACCCCUACAGCUGACGAUAGUUUCUUCCGCUGGCUGGCCACGGUCUACGCCUCCACCAACCUGGUCAUGGCCAACCCUGAUAGGAGGAUCUGUCACUCUGAAGACUUCCAACAACACAACAACAUCAUUAACGGAGGAGCCUGGCACACCGUCCCUGGGAGUAUGAAUGACUUCAGCUACAUGCACACUAACUGCUUCGAGGUGACGGUGGAGCUGUCGUGUGACAAGUUUCCUCACGCCAGCGAGCUUCCUACAGAGUGGGAGAACAACAAGGAGUCUCUGCUUGUCUACAUGGAGCAGGUUCACAGAGGCAUCAAGGGAGUGGUGAGAGACAAGAUGACGAAGAAAGGCAUUGCAGACGCCAUUGUGAAAGUGGAAGACCUGGACCACGACAUACGAUCAGCGGCUGAUGGGGACUACUGGCGUCUGUUGAACCCUGGGGAAUACAAAGUGACGGUGUGGGCGGAGGGAUACUUUCCCUCCAUGAGGCGGUGCAACGUCGGGACCGAAGCACGCCCCACCAUCUGUGACUUCAUCUUGAUCAAGACUCCACGGCAGAGGAUGAACGAGAUCCUAGCUAAAGGCGGGAGGUUACCCCAGGAUCUACAACUGAAGCUGAGAGCACUGAGGCUCCGGAAACUAAGAGCCUCCACCAAGGCCAUCAACCAGAGGAGGGAGCACAGCCGCAAGGCCAGGGGAACACGGUUCGCCAGGGCACCACGCCCUCUCACGCCCCUGGCCUGAGAGACAGGGGACAGACUGUGUCUCUAAUGACACCCUAUUCCCCACAUUGCUCCGGUCAAAAGAAGUGCACUAUAAAAGGGAAUAGGGCGCCAUUUGGGACUCAACUUGAGGCUUUGAAACGACCGGGGUGUUUGAGAUGGACGACAGCGACUACAGACAGACUGAAAUACAAAACUUCAAUGAGAAGUCAUUUUUAGGAAGGCGAUUUGUAAAUCCGACUGCAAUGUAGUCGAUCUGAAACAAGACACAGCGGCUUCAACACAAGUCUGUAUUCCCAGUGAAUGUUAUGAUUUCAGAUUUGAAUAGCAGAGUAGCACAGGGAGAUUGUAUGUGCUCUAACUAGCUUGUUGGGACAGUGGUCAACAUGUCCGUUGUUUGUUAAAAAGGUAGAGAGAUCAUGUAGUUGAUGAGGUUUGUAUCUUUACAUUGGUAAUAUUUCAUACCUUCUAACUAGUUGUUUGGCUUGUUGGGAAAGUGGUCAACAGUAGCUAGGUUUCCAUCCAAUUGGCGACAGAUUUUCAUGCGAAUAUAUAUUUUUUUAAUCUGCAUAUUUUCCCACCAGUGAUGUUUCCACCAAACUGGAUUUGUUGCGGAUAAAACGUCAGUCAGUGACGACGUAGUGCGCACAAAUAGUACUUUUUCACCGAAAGGUUUUCACGUUACCGAAUUAAAAAUCAAAAGUUCCAUGUUUUUUUCCAUCGCAUUUUCAACUCGUAUCGAUAGUUUGUUGCGCUGAAGAGCACACGUGCGUCCUCUAGCCAACAGCUCGGGUAAAGCCAUCUACAUGAUCAGAUUAUUAUGGAUCAGAGAGAAGAUAUUCUUGUUGUUGUCGACCCGGCAGUCAAGCAUCGAUCAUCAUGUCACCAGACUAAGACCGUGGAUAGGUAUUGUGAAGGAACGUCCAGCUCACAGCAUCCAUUCACCACCCUGUGACGUUCAUCAUGACUCAGUUCAUCUGUAGCCUAAUAAACUACAUGGUUUCUCCGUAGUGAGAGGACCACACGCCAAUAUCAUCUCGUGACUCCCAACUUUACUUUGAUACAGUUCGAUAGCAAUUAUAUCAAUAUUUGCAACACCAUUUCUCGCAUAAUUUAAAUUUUCCCGACAAAAAAAAGAUGUUUGAACGAAACAAAUUGUCUGUCGACAUUUAUAAAAUUGUACUGAAACGACCUGUUUCCGUCACAGUUUCCAUUUUGCCAUGUUUUGUUUUUAUACGGUAUGACUUUACUGAAAUAGACACUGUGAAUGGAAACGUGGUUAAUGACAAUAGGAGUCUGCACGACGGCACAAAUAGAUCUGGGACCAGGCGUGUGAAUAUUCAGUUUAGUUUAUCCUCGCCACUGGUCUUUAGUACAGCUGUUUUUACACUAACUAUCAACAAUAUAGAAGAAGACCUUUUAUGAUGACGAGGGGAGGCCACGGCAGUAUCAGCUGGCCUGAUACGUUGUAUAUCAUUGUGUGUUUUGACUAUUUCAUUAAAGGACAAUUUGGGUAGAAAGAGU